AUGGCUUUGCAUGAAUAUUUAUCAGAAGCUUAUGGGCCCUCUAGACCCAAGAACAAGACAAAGAAGAAGAAGAAAGAAACAAAAUCAAAUGUUAACUAUAACCCACCUUCAUUGAUAGUAAAUGAACGGCUGGGCACAUUACAACAAGUACAGCUGAAAUCAGAAGCCACUCUAAUCAAUAAGCCCGGUAAACAGAAUAACAGGAAUGUAUGGAAGAAUCUGGAGACAAACGAACUUUCUUGCCCUAUAUCACAUCCUUCCGCAAGUUCGGUAUAUGGUGGGCAUGACAAAUGUGACGAGGGAGAAAUCAGUGCUCAGAAAUCGCUGGAUAUGGUAGCCAAGAGGCCCCAAACCAGAAUAACUGUACACAGAGACGCUCAAGGCCACAAGAUAGAAGAUAACGUCAAACCGGGCGAUUUUUCGGCUAGCCGACCUAAGACUAAGGAUGAUGAAGAUGCAGAAAGGGAGCAAUACCUGAAAGAACUAAAUAUGGGGGAUGUGCAAAAACUUGGAACCAAAGUAGAAAAACACGAGAAGAAAACAAACCGAAUUGUCUCAGAAUUAGCGAUAGAAGAUCCUGCAAUGAGAUUUACGCAUGAUGAUAAGACAAGUAUAAAAAUGUCAAUAUUGGGCCGCAAGCUCUAUGAAAAAGUAGCACCUGAAAAUAGAUUCGGUAUCGCUCCUGGUGCAAGGUGGGACGGUGUUCACAGAUCAAAUGGAUUCGAAGAGAAAUGGUUUGCCAAGCAGAACGAGACUAAUGAGAAGAAAAUACAAAGCUAUACAUUACAAGAAGAUUAUUGA